CUUGUAGGAGGCGUUUCCUAUGGGGUGAACAAAGUUGUUGGGAUUUUUCCUCACUGUUUGGUCAUUUUUUGCUCUAAAGAGUUUUAACGCAAAUAAACUCGGUGUUUUAUUUUGUUUUACUUCUUUUGGGAAAGUUAGACCUAGGUAAAGCCACUGUAAAGCCUUAAUGUGAUGGAAACCGAUGAACUUGUUUGUUGUCGUUUAUGUUUGUCUUACGAUGUAGACGAACUCAUUUCUCUCGGAUGCGAAUGCACAAUAGAAAAUGUACCGGAAUCCACUCAACUAGUAGUAGAACUUGUCUCGUCCCUUAUGGAUGCCCUUGGGCAACCGGAAAUCGGCGAUCGUUUGCCCCAAUACAUAUGUGGCGAGUGCUUCCAGCAGCUGGAACAAAAUUACCGUUUACAGCAGAAAGCUCUCGACUCAUUUCGGAUCAUGAGGCGCAAGAAAAUUCAACGCCAGCCUGUUGGAGAACUUGCGUGCCGAAUGUGCUUAUCCGAGGAUGAGGUCGAAGAACUGAUAUCGAUGUUUUGCAUUUGUGCCGAUAACCAGCGUCUGGUAGCUGACAUAUUUCGGGAAUUUACUGGAGCCAUACGACCGGCCCAGGAUGAUGGUUACCCGCAGAACAUCUGUGAUCGGUGCUUUGAUGAACUGAUAAAGGCAUACGAUUUCCGAGUGGAUAUACAUAAAUCGGACACUGCUCUACGGAAAGAACUUCGAGAAUCUGCAAGCAACACUGUCAUGUCUAGAAUCCAGCUUGAUCCAUUCAACAAUCGCAAAACAGAUGGAUUAAGUCAGAGCGUGUCAUCGCCGGCGCUUACAAGAAAACGUAAACUUCAAGAAUCUGGUUCUCGAACUGCCGGAUUGGACGAAGAAGAGCGGGACCGUUUUAUUUACUUAGAUGCUGCGGAUGUGAAUGGAGACCGUCUGAGACCAUAUUUUGAAACCUUGCAAGUUGAGCAAUACUGGGAAAAACUUAAGUUUACUGGACAUGUCUGUUGCUGCGGUAAUCUUGCAUUGGACGAGUUUGAUCUAGAGGAACAUCGACAAAUUUUCCACUCAGUUAAAGAAAAAUCUUGGAGCUAUAUCAAAUGUAAAGACUGUAACAAACACAUGAAAAGUGCACUGGCAUUGCAAAAACACCACGAAAAACGCGAUAAUAAAAUUUACUUCCGGUGCAAGAUCUGCAAUAUUAUCACCCAAGAGUGGAGCGCAUUGGAAAUACAUUUCGAGUAUACACGCUUCCAUGUGGUUUUAGAAAAGUCGGCGGAGGAACAGCAAAAGUUUAACUGUAAAGUAGAUACAAUCUAUGACCCGGAUUUAAGGUGCUGCCAGUGUGGGGAUGAUUUUGAAGACGGUGCACAGCUGAUGAAGCAUGUAAAGGAGACACACUUUCUGGAGCAACCACCGAAUCCCAGGUUCCAGUGUAUGAUUUGUUACGGUUGUUUUCCAAACAUGCUGAAACUGACUGACCACCUGAAGGAUUCGUCCGGGACACGUUUGUAUUGCUGUCGUAUGGCGGACUGUGAUUUUCAGACCAAUCAACGCAUAUUAAUGAAGAAACAUGUCGAACUUGGCAAUCACUUCAAUUCGGAUGAUUUGUCGAAGCCGAUAGAAGAAGAGGAACCAUGCGAGUUUUUCUGUUGCUUUCGCUUGUGCAAUUCUAUGUUCGACACCCGCAUAGAACUUGAAGAACACAUUCAGGAGGAACACGCUGGCCAACGCAGUAACAAUUAUCAUUUUAGCAAAGACACGGAUGACUCCGGGGGAAUAUGUCCGCUUUGCUUGCGCGAUUUCCCCUCUCCGGUGGCCUAUCGGGAACACAUCAAAAGUCAAACUUCUAGAAAACACGUUUGUCCGAAGUGUAACCGUCGUUUUGUCAAUCGGGAUCUGUUGAUUAGACAUGACAAAUACGCUCAUCACGAGCGCAAAUCACAAAUGGACUUCCAGUGUGAUCACUGUGAGUCGAGCUUCGCCACCAAAUAUACUCUACGUGAACAUGUAAAGCGUGUUCAUGAAAAUGUUAUGCCCUUUCAGUGCCCUACCUGUGGACGAGCUUUUGCCAAAAAGAGUUCAUUAAAGCAACACGAACUAAAUAUGCAUUUGGUCGAAAAGGCGUUCAAGUGUGCUGUGUGUCCAGCACAAUUUGGAAUCAAAGCUCUGUUACAGAAUCACCUGUUGACGCACACCGAUAAGAGACCGUACCUAUGUGAGUUUUGUGACAAAACGUACCGCCAUGGCGAGGAUCGGAGGCGGCACAUCAAAACGGUACAUUUCAACGAGAAACCCUUCCAAUGUACAAUGUGCGCAAUGGCAUUUGUACGGGAUCGAGAUUUGAGGCUGCACAUGACUACCCAUACCAAGGUAAAACUUCACACUUGUCAGAUUGUCGGCUGCAACUUCUCCACCAACAAUGGUCGAGAGUUGACUCGUCACCAUACGGAAAAUCAUAUGAUGGAUUAGUUUAAGGUGUAAUCUUACAAUGAUGUUUUUAUUUUUUCGUUCAAUUCCGUUUUUAAAAUACAAAAAAAAAGAUUGCGUUUAAAUUUCGCUUGAAAGGGUACCCUAAUGAUGUUGGUAUUCGUUCCAAUAAGAUGUUAAACCCAAACGCCUUUCAAAAUUUCUUAAGUCAUUAG